GUAAGAAUAGUAAUAAGAGUUGCGUUGUGUUUAUCUGAGUGUGUACGUGACUUCAGUGUGGUUCUUAUAACUUAAAUCGAUCAGAAAAGUGAGUGAAGCUAAGGAACAAAAUAAUUUCAUUAUUUCUCCAUUCCGAUAAAGGUGACGGUGAACAAAGUAGUGCAGAACGUCUUAUAUUUAAGUUAGACAUAAACCUAAGUGAAACUGUGUAGAAAGAUUAGCUGAGGAAUUGGGAAUGAUUCGUUAUAGUAUUUUUUUUAUGUUAUCUUGAGUUUUGAAUGUAAAAUAGCAGUGUGGGUCUUUAAUUGUUACAUUCGCCGGGCUGACAUCAGUUUCGAGUGAUAUAAACACAGGAAUCGAACAAAGGAAGGUGUAUAUACGACCUUUUCUUGCCAUUUCCGAUCUAAAGAAUUGAAACAUGACUAGGAAAGUUACUUAAGUUUCCUUGAAAGUAAAGCUGAAGGGUAGAAAAAACAGUACACUAACGGACAUAAAAGUAACGUAAAACUGGACACGUGGCCUUUGAGUUGCGCCACAAUGGAUCAUAUCUUCAAGUUUGAUAAAGGAGGAUCACUGAUAUCCAGUCUCCGUCGAGGGGCGUCGCUGCGCAGGAUGUCGUGGUUGCCUCGGCGUCCGCACCUGGAAUGCAAGGCGUGGCUCUCCUCCCUCGACCUUCGUCAAUACGCUGAGUGCUUUGCAAAGUUCGACGGCGUGGAGGAUGUCUUGUACUACGACGAGGCAGAAGUGAAGGCGCUAGGGGUGAGAAACUCCGCGCAUCGGGUCAAGAUGAUGUCCUCGCUGCAGAGUCUCAAGCAGAAGUGGGAGAAGAAUCAUAAACUUAAGAGCGUCGACCCAAAUCCUCGCAGAAGUUACGUGGACGACCGCCAUCGGAAUCGCCCCCUGCCGGAUCCUCACGAGGACUGUGCUGAGGUUGUCCUACGAUCCGGAGAGAACAGCAUAAACAGGAGGGAUGCCAAGAAGCGCGAGGCUGCUUUGCUGAGUCCCUCCUCCGUUAUCAAAAUGUCAUUGGAGCUGGAGAAGGAGGCUGCCAGCCAAGCAACUGAGGCAGGAGAGCUGAAGAGGUUGCUGGAGUGGGAGCUGAGUCAGGACGCGAGUGAGCUCAGCAGCCAUGCCUGGUACCAUGGCACCAUUCCCCGUGCCCGCGCAGAGGAGGUUGUGCUAAGGAAUGGUGCCUUCCUCAUCAGGGACUGCAUCUCCCAGCCUGGUGACUUUGUCCUCACAUGCCACUGGUCAAGCCAGACACUGCACUUUGUUAUUCAAAAGACGGUGGUUCAGCCGAACACUGUGUACGAGAGGAUUCAGUAUCAGCUGGAGGACGAUGCCUAUGACUCCAUUCCAGACUUAGUGAGGGCAUAUGUGGGUGGCAAGAAGCCUAUCACUGUGUCCUCAGGUGCUCGCAUCUCCACACCUGUCAACCGUACACUACCGCUCAGCUUCUAUGCAUCUAAGUAUGCAGUACAGACAGCACACACUUUCACCCAUGGCACUCUCAGCCGCCCUGUCACGCGAGGCGCAGACCCUGGCCCGGGCACCACCAGCUUGCUGAGGCACCAACACUCCUACAGCGGGCCAGUAGCAGUUGGCUGCACCAUUGUGAGGAGUCCAGCCCACUCUCCUCCCAGAAUGAGGCGAGACACAGCGCCCACUCUGCCCUUCAAGACACGCAGUAGUAGCACCUCCAGGCCUCCAGAGGACCCACCUGAAGGAGGAACAGGAAGAUCAGAUGAGAAAAGCUGCAGUAAUGAUGGGGUGAUUGGCAGCCGUCCUUGUGUGGAACAGGCCAAGUUCACCUCUCAAUCACUGCCUCGUAAGAUGGCCUCUAAGUCCUUCUCAGUUGCCUCUGAACAUGUCAUACCAGCAGACACAAGUACAGCACAGCAGGAGAUCAAGACAUCUGACACACCAGCAGAGGAAGAGCAUCCUUCCCCUCCCCCGAAACCUUCUCGUGUUCCAUCCUUCAAAGUCAAGCCAAGAAAGCCUCCUCAAGUAGCCCCUCUUGGAGAGCGCCUCUAUGCAGAGAUAGAUGAAGGUGAUGAGGAUGAGAACAGAGAUAGAUCAUCUACUGAUGAUCUCAAGACUCCCACCAGUAGCAGUGAGGCAGAGAAUAAUGUGAAAAACACUGAAGAAAUCAUAGGAAGUUCUACAUUGCGUCAUUCCAGACUCUCUGAGACUUACCAACCCUCAGGCUCUGACUCUGGCAAUGGUUCAGGAGACUCUGUGCAGACUUCAGCCAGUGAUGCUCAAAACCGAGACAGCCAGACCUCCUUUGGGGAUAGCGGCAGUGUGCAGCUAGAGGAUGACUCCAUGGUGGAUGAGCCAGUGCUUUUCAGCUUGCCAGAACUCCUCUCCUCCUCAGCCUUUGAUCUUGAGAAUUUCAGCACCCUCCUUCUGAAUUCUAUAGAGAACAAGCCCUUGGACACCACAGCCCUCAAAGGAGUAAAGAACACACUGAUGGAGAGUGGCUCAAGAGUUCUGGCUGCUCACCUCACCCAGGUGGACCUGGAGCUGCUUAAUGGCAAUAGUGAAAAUGACUUUGGCCUCGGGGUGACAUCAGGCAUUGAACUCAUCACUCUGCCUCACGGAUGUCAACUCAGAGCUGACCUUAUUGAGAGGACAGAAUGCCUGAAGCUCCUGGUGGCUGUCACUAUAAUGAUGGAGCAGGAUCUGAACGAGCGUGCUGAAAUAAUCUAUCGCUGGAUCCAGGUGGCCAUUGACACCAAGACAGCAAUGGGGAACCUAUACAGCUUCACAGGCAUCAUGUUGGGACUUUGUCUCCCUGAAAUUCAACGCCUCACCAACACCUGGCACACCGUGAGACAAAAAUUCACUGACUCAGCUUACAAUUUUGAGUCCAAGCUGAGAUCUACCCUGAAGUCCAUGAAUGAGUGCACCAACCCUCAGGCACCCAACACCACCAUACCUCACCUGCUGCCUUUCCUGCUGCUUUGUGAGAGGGACCUCAACGACAUCUAUGCAAUGCACAGACAUAGUUCCUCAAUCCUGCAAUGGGAGAGCACUGCUUCAGACUACGGCCUGCAGAUGCUUGUCUCCCACCUCCAGGAAGCAAGAAUUGUCAACCAAGAUCUCAAUCUUUACCGCCGCAAUGCUGAACUCAUUUUACCUGAUCCCAACACUCUUGAUGAACUCACCUUGGACAUGUUUCGCACCGAGUUCCACCUCAAGUUCUUGUGGGGAAGCAAGGGGGCAGUGGCAGGUUCUGAGGAACGGCACGCAAAGUUCCAGCAGGUGGUGAGGACCCUGUCAGAGCGCUGCGAGCCAACCCCUGGUGUGGCCUGAGUGCUGUGACUUGGUUCUUGGAUAUGAGAGGCUCAUACCUAAUUCUGUGUAAAGUGAAGAAUUUCAGUGUCCAUUACAAAUUACAUUACAAUACAUGGUGUUCCUAGUAACUCUGGUGGCUCACUGCAGACAUGGGAGACAGUAUUGGAGUGAACAGCAGCUCAGUGAGCCUCAUAGGGGGAGUGUGAGUAGAGGUGCUUUGCCUGAUCUCUAACAGUAUGACUAAUAGGAUGUUCAGUAAUAUUUGAGAUAUAUAUUUGACCCACAUAAAAGAACAAGAAUGAAUUCAAUAAUGCUCAGUCCUAGAGAUAACUUACUAAGACUUUCUUCUGUGAGUGCACAGAAAAUAAUAAAAAUGCUUGUGUAUUUGUUCCAUACAUAUAUAAAUGUCAAAAUAUGAAUAAUCAAAAGUACUUGUGAAGCUCAAAUUUUCUCUAUCAUUUUUAACACAUGCUAGCAGUCUUAUUCUGAGAUAUAAUAUAGUAUAGGUACACUAGGACAAAGGAGUUAGCACUAUGGAUAGAAUUUUUUUGUCACUGGUGUCUGGUGCCUCUUCCUCACACCAACCAGGAGUGACCUCAACCCAAAGACGUAGCAUUUUCUAGCUGUUCUAUACUUGACUAGGCUUCUCUAAGUGAAUGAAUUUCUAAUAUCUACAUAUGUGGUCUGAAUUGUUUGUGUGUGUAUUUGUGUGUAAGAAACAGUGUUGCAUUAUUAUUGUUUUGUAUUAUAAUUUAUUAUUGUUGGCAUAUUCAGUAAUGUAUCCCAAUUGAUGGUGCUUUUGCUGCUGGCUUGUGAUAUGACAGCACAAGGGGAAGAGAAUGUUCAGUGUUUUGUGUGUCCAAGAUUCAUGUUUGUAUUUUAAUGAAGAAUUCAGUGUUUGGAACUGAGGGAGUAAAACUAGUAAUGAUUGUGUAGUAUUAUUAGAGUGCGUGUGUUUGUGUGUAUUUACCUAGUUGUAACAUACAGGAAAAAAGCUAUGCUCAUGCUGUCCCAUCUCCAUAUCUAUGCAAAUUUAAUAUUUCUUUGAACUUAUUGAUUGUCUUUGCUUCAAUGACUCUCUUAUCUAAACCAUUCCACACCUCUACUCAUCUUUGUAGAGAGCUGAACUUUUUUAUAUUUCUCCUGCAGUUGUCCUUUCUUAAUUUCUUUCCAUAUCCUCUCUUUUGUCACUGUUGUCCCAGAUUAGUAAGUCUUCUCUAUUUAAUUUUUCCAGUCCAUUCAUCUCUCUGUACUGUAUUAGAUCUCCUCUUUCCUUUCUCUGUUGUAAGGUUGUAAGACACAGGAUGGUCAACAAGCUCUUCUGUGAUUAUUAUAGCACCCAGUCUUUUGUAGGUGGCUAUAUUUGUACACUCCAGCUGAUCGACAGUCCCAAGUGAGGGAGGGAUGUGUUAGGUUAACGUUCUGUAGAAUGCACUCUCAGAUAAAUAUACUUUAUAAGAGUAGUUUAUCCAUCUAUAUUAUCUUUUGUUAUGUUUUUAUUAUCCAUACAAUGAUUAUUAUAUA